AUGACCAUCUUCACAGCCGCCCCGUACGCGAUUCCAACCACCUCGACACCGUAUCCUUCCCGACCCAGAAGAGGCCUUCCAACGCACGUGUCCUCCUCCCCGUCGACCUCUCGAGCGUUGUUGCGACGCCUCAACGCGCUGCUCCUUAAAGAGCACCUCCACCCUCCCCAACCUCGUACCGCACUUGCACCCGUCUUCUCUUUGGCCGAGUUGACGCCGGAUCAUCUUUUGGGGCUACUCGAGGUCAUUUUGGCGACGAGCUUCGACCUUGGUCCAGAGCGAGAACGCGACGGGGACGAUCGAGGCGAUGAGAGUUGGCAGUUCGUCCUCGAUGAUGAUGAUGAUGAUGGUGGUGGUGCAGGAAUGGACGAGCACAAACUUCAGGACGAACGGAUCCUACGCUUCCUCAUACUGGGUUUACAACAAGCACUCGAAACUACAUCUUUACCAGAACGUGAGAUUAGAACGAUGCUCGACGUCCUACUCGCCGAGAUCGACUCGUCCCAUCGAUUCGGAGGUUCGAACUCGACGAGGUCCGGCGUCAAGCUCAUCCAACGGAAAGAACACAUCAUCGCGUGGAUCGUCGCGGGCUUGUUUGAGAUCGAGGAUCGAUUGCUCGACCCUCUCGAUACGCAGCUCGGCCACUAUACCACCGUCGACCGAGGCCAAGACUCGUCGCACAUCGUCGCCGAACUCGGGAUCGCGACGACGGGGUCAACUUCCCGAGGUACGACAUCGGCCACGCCGACCACUCCCCGAAGGUUGCUCUUUCGUGAUUCGCAUACGCAGCCUCGAACCACGAUGACUUCACCCUUGAAGCAAGCUUUGACAACGUACCUCCCUCCCUCACCUUCGCCUCGACUGGAAACCACGCCUCGUAAAUCCAUCGUCGGACUACUGCGAAGGGACAAGCAAGCAAGAGCGACGAGCCCGAGUCCCAAAUCCAAGAGGCAGAGUCUGGAAACGUCCUCGUCGUCGUUGGUGUUGGUCAAGCCCGAGAUGGAAAGUUACGAACGGUCGAGACCAAGGGCUUCUUCGAUCGUUGGCGUCAAGAUGGCUCGUAAGAGGGACGUGUCGGACAGCACUGGUGAAUCCGAUUUGGAUUUGAGCGAACGCACAUGCGACUGCGAGACGGAGGGAUAUCGGGAGACGGGUGAAGGGGAUCAGACAGAGGCCGAGUGUUCAUGCUGUACCCACAUGGAUGACGGAACCGAGACUCAAGAGGAACUUGUCGAUGCCGUCCCGAUUCAGAUUGAUCGCCUUUCUGAUCGACCGCUCGAUGCGAGCGCUCAACGUCCAAACUGGCACCUAACCGUUCCCGAAGAAUCGAACGCCAAGCUCUUCCCUCCAGCUCGUUUCGUCGCUACACCGCUGAAUAGGCACUCACCAACCUCAUCUUCGUCUUCAUCGAACGAGGACGAAUAUGUCGUCAAUCUGAGGAGGAAAAGGCAGCGUGACGAGGUGGAAAAGAUCAAGUUGAGGUCGUGUGGGCUGGACACGGAUUUGGAAUGUGGGCCAGGCUGGGUCACGGGUUGGUCAGAGAAGGAGCUCCGAGGAGUGGGAGCGAGGAGAUGA